AUGGCUCAAGACUUGGCUCCCGCUCAAGGAUAUCCCGAGAUUAAAUAUCGUCGUUACUUGCCUAAGCGUGGCCCAUCUGGUAUGGUCAUCCUUGCAGGUGUCACCGCCUUUUGUGGUUUUGGUUUUUACAAAGUCUUCCAAGGCAAUCUUGAAAGAAGAGAAUUAAAGCGUGAAAACCUCUGGGCUCGUAUCAACCUCGUCCCACUUUUAACUGCUGAAGCAGACCGUGAUACUUAUCGUCGUACUGAAGCAGCAAAGGCUCGUGAGGCAGAAAUCAUGAAGGAUGUUAAGGAUUGGAAGGCUGGAGAAUCAGUUUACAACAACACCAGAUAUUACAACACACCAAAGUUCGUCAUUGUUCCUGAAGAAAACUAA